UGUGGGUGCGGAUGGUGUCAUUUGGUUCCCUCCAUCAAGAAAAAAACCGAAAACUUCGAUUCACGCUCUUAUUUUUCACUCGAAACAACCGCGAGGUUUGAUCCGUCUUUUUCCAACAGUUUCCGACAUGCUGUACGCACCCGAGCUCGUGUCUAGUGACAGCUAUGAAGAAUGUCGGACUGCAGCUGACUGGCUGCUGUCCAACACACAAGUGCGUCCGACUGUGGGAAUCGUGUGCGGGUCAGGUCUGGGAGGCCUGGCUGACAUGCUCAAGGACCCGCAGGUCUUCAAGUACAGCGAGAUUCCCAACUUCCCCCAGAGCACAGUGCAUGGUCAUGCUGGACAGCUGGUGUUUGGAACCUUGAAGGGCAAACCCUGUGUUUGUAUGCAGGGCAGGUUCCACCUGUACGAGGGCUACCCCGUCCAGAAGAUCACAUUGCCCAUGCGCGUCUUUAAGCUGAUGGGUGUGGAGACGGUGUUCCUGACCAAUGCAGCUGGAGGCCUGAACCAGGACUUUAAGGUCGGAGACGUCAUGAUCAUCAAAGAUCACAUCAACAUGCCGGGGUUCGCUGGGGUCAACCCUCUGUCUGGACCAAAUGAUGACAGGUGGGUGGAUCAGUCGAGUCGAGGCAAGGAAUUUUAUUUGUUUAGCUUUAAUUCACCAUUCAAUUCACAAUUGAAUCAGUGAUG